GUGUGCGUGACUGUAUCUCUGUGUGUGCGUGACUGUAUCUCUGUGUGUGCGUGACUGUAUCUCUGUGUGUGCGUGACUGUAUCUCUGUGUGUGCGUGACUGUAUCUCUGUGUGUGCGUGUCUGUAUCUCUGUGUGUGCGUGACUGUAUCUCUGUGUGUGCGUGACUGUAUCUCUGUGUGUGCGUGACUGUAUCUCUGUGUGUGCGUGACUGUAUCUCUGUGUGUGUGUGUGUCUGUAUCUCUGUGUGUGUGUGUGUCUGUAUCUCUGUGUGUGUGUGUUUGUACCACUGUGUUUGUAUGUCUGUAUCACUGUUUGUGUAUCUGUGUGUCUGUGUGUGUGUCCGUAUCUCUGUAUCAUUGUGUGUGUGUGUCUGUAUCACUGUGUGUGUGUCUGUAUCACUGUGUGUGUGUCUGUAUCACUGUGUGUGUGUGUAUCUCUGUGUCUGUAUCACUGUGUGUCUGUGUAUGUGUCCGUAUCUCUCGGUGUGUAUCACUGUGUGUAUGUCAAUAUCUCAGUGUAUCACUGUGUGUGUGUGUGUGUGUGUCUGUGUGUGUGUGUCUGUAUCACUGUGUGUGUGUGUGUGUCUGUAUCACUGUGUGUGUGUGUGUCUGUAUCACUGUGUGUGUCUGUAUCACUGUGUGUGUCUGUAUCACUGUGUGUGUGUGUAUCACUGUGUGUGUGUGUAUCACUGUGUGUGUGUGUAUCACUGUGUGUGUGUGUGUGUAUCACUGUGUGUGUGUGUGUGUAUCACUGUGUGUGUGUGUGUGUGUGUAUCACUGUGUGUGUGUGUGUGUCUGUAUCACUGUGUGUCUGUGUAUGUGUCUGUAUCUGUGUGUCUAUCACUGUCUCUGUAUCUCUGUGUGUGUGUGUGUCUGUAUCUCUGUGUGUGUGUGUCACUGUGUGUAUGUCUGUAUCUCUGUCAUUUAUCACUGUGUGUGUGUGUGUUUCUGUAUCACUGUGUGUGUCUGUAUCUGUGUGUGUCUGUAUCUGUGUGUGUCUGUAUCUGUGUGUGUGUGUGUAUCACUGUGUGUGUGUGUAUGUGUAUGUGUCUGUAUCUCUCGGUGUGUGUCUGUAUCUCUGUGUGUCUAUCACUGUCUCUGUGUGUCUGUAUCUCUGUGUGUGUAUGUCUGUAUCACUGUGUGUCUGUUUAUGUCUGUAUCUCUGUCAUUUAUCACUGUGUGUGUGUGUUUGUAUCACUGUGUGUGUGUGUGUAUCACUGUGUCUGUAUCACUGUGUGUGUGUGUUUGUAAAACUGUGUGUUUGUAUCACUGUGUCUGUGUGUGUCUGUACCUCUGUGUGUGUGUUUAUAUCACUGUGUCUGUGUCUGUACCUGUGUGUGUAUCACUGUGUGUGUGUGUGUGUGUUUGUAAGACUGUGUGUUUGUAAGACUGUGUGUUUGUAAGACUGUGUGUUUGUAAGACUGUGUGUUUGUAAGACUGUGUGUUUGUAAGACUGUGUGUUUGUAAGACUGUGUGUUUGUAAGACUGUGUGUUUGUAAGACUGUGUGUUUGUAAGACUGUGUGUUUGUAAGACUGUGUGUUUGUAAGACUGUGUGUUUGUAAGACUGUGUGUUUGUAAGACUGUGUGUUUGUAAGACUGUGUGUUUGUAAGACUGUGUGUUUGUAAGACUGUGUGUUUGUAAGACUGUGUGUUUGUAAGACUGUGUGUUUGUAAGACUGUGUGUUUGUAAGACUGUGUGUUUGUAAGACUGUGUGUUUGUAAGACUGUGUGUUUGUAAGACUGUGUGUUUGUAAGACUGUGUGUUUGUAAGACUGUGUGUUUGUAAGACUGUGUCUGUGUGUGUCUGUACCUCUAUGUGUGUGUUUGUAUCACUGUGUCUGUACCUCUGUGUGUGUGUUUGUAUCACUGUGUCUGUACCUCUGUGUGUAUCACUGUGUGUGUGUGUGUGUGUGUGUGUGUGUGUGUUUGUAUCAGUGUGUGUGUGUGUGUGUGUGUGUGUGUGUGUGUGUGUGUGUGUUUCUGUGUGUGUGUGUGUGAGAAUGAUGAAAGUGUAGGCCUCCAUAAACGGGAUCCUUCUGUUUUCAGGUGAAUGGUGCAGCAUCAGAUGUCCCUGUGGCUGUUCUACUUGAGCUGCUUCACCCCCUGCCACUAAUGUGCCUCAGCCAAUCCCUGCAGCCUCCUGGUCCCACUCUGAAGUCGGCCAGCAUUGACCCUGGGCUGAAACCCUGCCCUCAAGGCAUCGGGAUUUUGGUGAGAGUUCAGUCUCCGCAGCAGGCAGCGGUGGGAUCUCAGCCCCUUCAGUGUCAGCAUCCUUCCAGUUCUCCUCACUGUCACCUCCUCCCCCACCCACCGAGACCUCACUGCGAGAGGCACCUACAAGCCUCUCUGCCCACCAGGGGUGAGCCUGGGAGGGAGCUGGACCAUCUCCAGUACUACCCUUUCCAGCCCCCUGGUCUACAGUGCAGGCCCAAAGCAUUUGAGUUAGUGCUGUUUGCACACAGGGUUUUAGUGAAUUUAAAGGUGAGCUUCCCUGAGAAUACGGGUCUUCCUGUUGUCUGGGGAGUGCUGACUUAUUUUUUAUAUAAUAGAUGUAUAUACACACUUUAGUAAGAGAAAAUGCUGUAGUGAAAAGCAGUGACUAAAUACAGGAUCGUUCCGAGGAACUCUGCUCCUUUUAAAAAAAGAAUUGUAUGCUCUAUUUGAAAGGUUAUUUUUUUGCCCUUCACAUUCAGUGUGACAAGUAUUUUUCCAACAUUGUAUGCCACAGGCUCUUUAAUCUUUUUCCAGUAUAGUUUUUUUGAUACCAAUCUGCUUCUCUCUCUCUCUCUGGGUGUGGGAUUUCCACAAGGUACUGAAAUUGUUUCUU